AUGUCGAGCUGCAUCAAUAGUCAGCAGGAGCAACUCUGCUACAUCCCUUGCAAUUUUUGCAAUAUUGUUCUUGCGGGAUCAGGCCACACCCACAGCCACGGUGGGAGUGCAGCUGAUUACARGGUUGAAUUGGGCUCAUCGUCAAAAUGCAACAACAAGAUGAAGAUGAGAGCAACAAUUAAAAACCCUACAAYUGAUCCUGAUCAAAGGGUCAUCAACCGACCUCCCGAGAAGAGGCAGAGAGUACCUUCUGCAUAUAACCAGUUUAUAAAAGAGGAAAUCCAGAGGAUCAAAGCAAAAAAUCCAGAUAUUACCCACAGGGAAGCAUUCAGUACUGCUGCUAAAAAUUGGGCACAUUUCCCACAUAUUCAUUUUGGCCUCAUGCUUGAAACCAACAAUCUGCAGACCAAAAAUGAUGGAUCUGAGAAGCAUCUGAUGUCAGUGCCAGGGCUGCACUAUUGAUUAUAUAUAUAUAUAUAUAUAUAUAUUGUGAAGAAAUGAUGAUCAUCUUGACUUCAAGAUUUGAUCUCAAAGCCAAAACAAGAACCUUCUAGAGAUAUGAUCACUUGAAAAUGGUAUUUUUCAAGGGAAAAAAAAUUAACAGCAUAUGUUUUCCUUUCAUUUUCCUUUGCUUUCUAUGUUUAAUUGCAAUUAGUUUAUUAAAUUAUUAAGGGAAUGUUUGUCUGAAUGAAUGAACUAAAUCUGCCUUUUAUUUCUUCCCUA